AUGGCCUUAUUUGAAGAGAAGCUAGAAAAGGACAGGGACAAGUGGAUCAUGUGGUUCGAUGGAGCAUCUAACGUUCUGGGCCAUGGUGUUGGGGCGGAAUUGGUCUCUCCGGACAAUAAAUGCAUACCUUUCACAGCCAGACUUGGUUUCGACUACACCAAUAACAUGGCUGAAUACGAAGCUUGUGCCCUGGGUGUCCAGCUAAGAGGAGAGUGGGAUACUAGCGAUCACAAGCUAAUACCCUACCAUACCUACAUCAAGGAGCUGGCUGAGUUCUUUGAUGAGAUCUCUUUCCAUCAUAUUCCCCGAGAGGAAAACCAAAUGGUCGAUGCGCUCACCACUUUAGCGUCCAUGUUCCAGCAGACACCGCAUGGAGACCUACCAUACAUCGAGUUCAAGUGUCGCGGUAGGCCCGCAUAUUGUUGUUUGAUAGAGGAGGAGCGGGACGGUAAACCUUGGUAUUUUGACAUCAAGCGAUACGUUGAAAGCAAAGAGUACCCACCGGAAGCUUCCGACAAUGACAAGAGAACGUUAAGGAGGUUGGCGGCCGAUUUCUUUUAA